CCUUAGCUCUUCUGGCUGGAAUACAAACCAAAACAGUCCUGCAUGGCACCAGCCAUGAGCUCAACAUCACAAUCAAGAGCUCAACAGUGACCACACCUGCUCUGGAGAAAAGCCAGCAGUGUUUGGAGAAGCAGCUUGGCAGUUCUUUGCAGCAGCUUUUUCCUUUGGCUGCUCCAUGCUGGGUUUCCACACAGGGAAUUCUUUGAACCAAACAGGAGACACUUGUGUCAGCAAUUGCCUUCUUGUGGGCCAUCACCCACCCCUGUACACAGAUCACAGCAUCCUGCAGGACUGAGCACGGCCAGUUACCUUCUCCCUCUGAACAACUUGAUUUAAACCUAAUGGAGAUAGCUACAAACUGGGUCCUGACCCCAAAAAUAGCAGGCAAGUAAUGAGGGAGAAUAGCCUUUUGAAUAGAGAACAAUGGAAUUACAUUUCACAUUAAUUCCUGAAUUACUCUCAUAUGAUGUCAAAAAGUGAGGCUUGAGGGAUUUCAGAUCAUGUCAAGGUCAAAAGAAACCCCAAGGACAAACUGUGACUUUUUUUACUGUUCAAAGGAAUUGAAGUCCCUCAAGGUGUCUUCUGUUGAGAAACUUCUACUGUAGUAGAAGCCCCAUCCUGGGGCUUGUUAGAGCUGCUGUAGAUCUGUGUGUGACCCCAGGAUGCUGCUGAGAGGGAGGCUUUGGUUCCCUGGCCCCCUGGAGUCCUCAGGUCCUGCUGGAAUUCCCAUACAAUGAAAUUUGAAGGGGGUGUCCUGAGAUCCAGUCCAAGCUCUGCCAUCUGCCCAAGCCUGUGUUUGUUGGUUACUGUGGUGGGGUCCUGUGGGACACAACCUGGAAAGCCACUGCUUGUGAAUGGGGAAAUUCUUCCCCUUUGCCCGACUGCUGAGCAGAGCCAAAUUCUUCAGAGUCCUGGACCAUGAAUCUGCCAUUUCAGUGGGUUUGUGUUUAUUGACAAAUCAUGGGUGAAUUACAGCCCUUUUUGUUUUCUAGGAGACCAAUGGGAUAAAGUGUGUUUAGGCUAAAACAUAUUUGUUCCAUUUUUGGUAUCUUCCCCUCAUACAUGCCCUGUUGUUUUGUUUGUUUGUUUGUUUGUUUGAUUGUUUGAUUGUUUGUUUGUUUUUGGAGCUAAAGACCUUAAAGAAAGCGAGGGCCCUUUGCUUGUACAACAUGUUGAGGUUAAUUCUGACCCCCUGCAUCAUACCCACAGCUGCUUGCACUUUGCAGAUUUGCUCCCCAAGGUGACCCUCCCACUGCCUGCUGAGAAUCCAAACCUUUUGAACGGCCCGGAGCUACAUACACCUCAUGUUGAACGUGGGGAAGACACUUCCAGAGUCGCAGAUCAUCUGUGGAGAGCAGGAGGCUGUUCCUGGGAGGCCAUCUGGAUGCACUGCUUGUUCUGUGUCAUGUCCUGCUCCCUAGGGCCUCGCUUCCACUGCUGCACAACAAACCCAAGGUGCUGCUGUGCCUCCAGCCAGUACAGGACUUCAAUCACUUGUUAAACAAGAGCUUGGGCUGCAUCUCUGAGUUUAGACCUCCAACCUCAGCAUCCUGAUUUGGUGCUGCCUUUGGGAAGAUGAAUCAGGACAUUUACUCAAGUGAUCCGCCCAUGGGCCAGGACCCACUCGUACUGCUGCAAACCCUUCAGCUCCUCUGGACAAAGAAGGAGCUGGGGAAGCUCAAGGAAGAAAUCAGGCGGGGCUUUGCCAGACUGGAGGACCCUUUGGCAGGACUCCUGGCCAUGCUGGAGAGCAGCAGUCAUUGGAAGGGGAAAGGGCAUUCCCUGGAGUAUUGCAUCACCACGGAGCUGCAGCUUUGGAUAAAAGCACAUCCUGCUAUCCCGCAGUCUAGCACCAAGCUGAAGAAGCUGCAGGCCCGUGUGCUCGGAAUGCUCUCCCAGUGCCCAGCUAAUCUGCUUGACCCCCUGAUUAGCAUUUACCAGCUCCACACAGCAGACCGGAACUAUUUGCUUGAACAUGUCAGUCAUCUUUAUCUCCAGGGCAAUUACAAAGAGGCAGCUGUACUGAGCAUUAAGCUGAAAUUACAGCCAGAUCAAGAUGUAGAGAAGAUGUGUACCCCACUGCUGCUCCAGGAUAAAGCUAACUUGGUGGAAGAAUACGUGGCAGAAUAUCCUGAGCUCCAGAGGAAGCUCUUGCAGACCCUGGACGCGUGGUGUGACCUCAGCUUCAAUAUCAGAGACAUCACAAGACCAUAUCAAGGCCUGUCCAAGUACAAACCCGAAAAAUUUAACCGCAGGGUGCUCAGUAAGCUGGUCUUCAGGCUCCUGGAGAGAUUCAACGCUGACUCAGCUCUCUGCCCUAAUGUCAUAAAUCAGCAGCACUUGAGAACCCUGAAAUACCUUUUUUACAAGAGAUUUAUUGAGAAAACCAUGACUGAGGAGAAUUGGGCAGACCACAUUGAGAGCACAGUUGGGGAGAACCGGUGGCUCCAGGAGCACUUGGUGCAGCUGCUGCUCCGGCACUGCGAUGCGCGCGGGGCAGCGCGCUGGGCGCAGCGCUGCCGGGUGCCCCCCGAGAUGCUGCCUCAGCGCGUGGCUGAGGAGCUUCAGAAGCUGCACAUCCAGGACAGGGUAGAAAAGGUCACAAAAGCAGAUAAUUAUGAGGCCAGUAAGAAGAAGGACUAUUACCAGCUUCCUAUUCCACGGGAAAAUAUUCACUUUCUGCAGACAUGGGAGGAGAUGCUGCAGUGCUGGGAGAAGGUGCUGCAGCCUGGGCAGGUUGUUGGUGUGGACAUGGAGUGGAAGCCUUCCUUUGGCAUGGUGGGGAAGCCCCGUGUCGCCCUCCUGCAGCUUGCACUGAAGGAUGAGGUGUUCCUGUUGGACCUGCCGCAGCUCCUCGAGCAAGCUGAGACUGAGGGGGAAAAGGAGAAGCUUCCCCAUUUCAUCCAGAUGCUCUAUUCAGAUGCAACCAUCACUAAACUAGGCUAUGGGAUGUCUGGAGACCUCAGCAGCCUUGCAGCCACAUGUUCUACUCUGAAAGACACAGAGAAGCAAAUGCAAGGUGUGGUGGAUCUUCUUGCAGUGGACAAACAACUGCAGUGGGGGAAGGACAGCCGGAAGGUCGAUGGACUGUCCCCGGAGCACAGCCAUGAGCAGAGAGGGGUCAGGCAGCCGGAGAAAGGACUCAGCCUCCUGGUGCAGCAUGUGCUGGGGAAGCCUCUGGAUAAAACAGAGCAGCUGUCAAACUGGGAGAAGCGGCCGCUCCGGGAGGAGCAGAUCCUCUAUGCAGGUCUGGCCCUGGCCUCAGAUGCCUACUGCUUGCUGGAGAUCUAUGAGAGGCUCUGCAAGGACCCUGAGAGCUUCGGUCUGGGUUCAGACCUGACAGACAGUCUGGUGGGAAAACAGAGCAAAAAACCCAGGGCAAAGAAGCAGCUGAAUAAACAAGAAGCACCAUCACCUUCUGAACAGGAAUGCCAAGGACCCAGAACAGAGCCCCCACGCCCCUCUGCCCCCAUCUCCCCCCAGGAGUUCAGCGUGGUCUGUGACAACAUGCUGCAGGGCCUGGGGCGCUACCUGCGCUGCCUGGGCGUGGAUGUCCGGCUGCUGAACAAUGAGGAUGAGCACAGGAAAGCUGCUGAGAUUGCCCGACAGGAAGGAAGAGUCAUUUUGACCUCUGGACUCCCAUAUCAGACUCUGCGCUCCCAGGUGGGAGAAGGAAGGUGUUUCUCUGUGAACUGCUCCGAGAAGGCAAAGGAACAGGCGCUGCAGGUGCUGAAGCACUUCAACGUGCAGGUGUCCCUGGGUGACAUCUUCAGCCGCUGCCAGGUGUGCAAUUGCAACAAGUACCUGAGGGUCUCACGGGAGGGGAUGAAGCAGCUGGUCGAGAGCAGCAGACAAGAGUCAGGGGAGCACAGUGCAGGCUGCCUGGGGAGCCAGAGCUGCAGUGUCACCAUGCCAGUCUGUGACACAGCCCAGCCUGGCUGCACCCCACACAGCGAGCAGGCAGAGGGGAUGGAGCAGUGCGGGGCAGCUGCGGUGCUGGCAGGGGACACGGUCCUGCAGGUCACUGCCAUCCCCCCCGGGGUGCUGGACAGAGCAGAGCUCACCGACUUCUACUGCUGCACCUGCUGUGGGAAAGUGUUUUGGGAAGGGUCCCAUUUUGGACGCAUCGUCUCCCAGUUUCAGGAUGUUCUUGUGGCCUCUGGGGACACACAGAGCAUCUAUGAGCUGAGCUGAGCUGAGCUGAGCUGAGCUGAGUAGAAGCACAGGGGCUCCAAAGAGGAACUGGGACUGCCUGGAGAACCCCAGCAGAUUUUGGGCCAUGUGUUUCCAGAGAGAGGCUGGAAGUGGGGAAGUGGGAGCUCUUGUUUUGGGAUCCAUCAUGGAGAGCUCUGUCACAGGUACACCAGUGGUUUCCAACAGCCCAAAAAUACAUGGUCUCCAUGAGAUCAUUAAAGCAGAGGUGGCUGAAGAGUGGACCCUUGGCUUUAUUUCUGCCCCUCUCCAAACCACACAUGGCAAGAUGGUGGGAGGGCUCUGCUGAACAAAACCACCACCCCAGCAGUGCCGACCCCACCACACCCACACACCCCAGUGCUCCUCUGCCCACUCACUCAUGGGGAGCAGGAGCUGCAUCCCCAACAGCAGCACAGGGCAGAGAGCAUCCUAAGCACUCCCAGCCCGUGGGACAUGUGCCAAGCCUCAACACAUCCCCAGCAUCCUGCUCACCCUGACCCUGCGCUCCCAGCACUCCUUGGGGGCAGCUAGUGGGCCCGGGCGUGGAGCUCUGGGGAGGCUGAGCAUUGCUGGCCUCAGUGGAAUCUCUGGGUGCACCACAAUGCCCGCUAGCACCUGGACCCUCUCCUGCAGCCUGGGAUACCCCAGCAGGGUCAGGCCGGUCCUGGAGGGGUUCCCAAAGCUGCCAACUGCCAAAGCUGCCAGCCUCCUCCUCCGCUGGGGAGGCACCUCAGCACAGCCCUGUACCCAGGCCCUGUGCAGGGUGCACAAAACAGGCAAUAAGGUGUGUGGGCCCACUAAUACCAGGAACUGGCAUCACUGGUGGGAUCGGCCAGCAUCUCACCAUGGAGAUCCCAGCCAGGUCCUGCAGCUCCAGGGGGCUGCUGUCCGGUGCCUCCCAAUCCAUGGCCAGGCUCACACCAUUCCAUCCUGAACAGAGGAGCAUCUGCAAAAUUCCUCCUCUAAUCUGUUUUAACUGCGAGGCCCUGCUGUUAUUGCUGAGAGGGCCUGAGGAGCUCUUGGCUGAGAUGUGACAUUUAUGAGCUAGCGAAGCACCUGCCCAGGCAGCUCAUGCUGCAGUGCAGGACUCAUUUUCCCUCUUCCAAAGGUCCUGGCCACAUGGUACCAGAGGGUCCUUCCUCCUAGGGACAUCUCACCCUCUGGCUCAAUGCUUUAAUAAAAGAAACAAACAAUUUUUCCACUUUAAAUAUUCUUCUUUUCCAUAAGAUCCAUAAUAUUAAUGCCUGAGCAUUAAUUGGUACAAGUGACCCUAAAAGCCAACCAUCCCCACGCUGCCAGUACCAGGCACUGAGCAACCCAAAUCUCCCAGGCUCCACACAGAUUCAUCCUUGUGUCAGCAUCCAGCUUCUUCAGGAUUUGUUCUGGGAGGGCAGACACUGGGGAUGAGGCAAAGCAGGAAUGGUGCAGAGCCUCCAACUUCUGGCCCCCACAGUGUGCGCUGCUUCGUCAUGCCAUGAAAUAACCCUCUUCAAAAUGGGAUUAACCUUUCCAGGUCCUGUUUAGGGGAAGCUGCUGAGCCACAUGCACGUCUGACCACUCAUGGGCACUUUUGGCCUUUGCUUGCUGGGUUUUCCAGAGCUGUGGUUUCACAUUCAUCUGCCACUUCUGCUGUGGAGGGGAGCGCAUGCGAGAUGGGGACACACAGCUAUGUCCCUCACCUGGGGACAGCUGCCUAGAAGGUGCUUUUCCCUCUGAUCCCUGGGGACAGUUAGCCUCCUGGUCACUCCAGGAUCUUAUCUGCUUGAGAGCUCUCCCAGUUUAGGGGUGAGCUCCUGUGCUUACAGUCAGGGUUGUGCUAGGUCAGGGUCCCAUGGUUGGGACUUGUUCUAGGACACCAACCCAGGGCAGAAUCCAGCAAGUGGUGUGUACCUGUGGACACAGCACAAAACAGCUCCUAGAGGAUUCCGUCCAGCUUCUGGGGACAGGGAAAGUGGCUGGGACCCAGCACAGCACCUCUUCCUUCCUGGUGCCCACAGGAGGUGGUGCCAUGGUGGGAAGUGUGCAGCAAGGUCACCUCCAAUCAUAGAGGUGCUGUCACAGCAAAUUUGUCAACAGCAAAUUCCACAUCAGAUGGAUGCUUGAGGAGCAUCCAGGAGGUAAUAAAUUGUCCAGUUUUGGAUGGUGGAUGUUAAAGGGAAUUAAAACAGCUUUCUAGUCAGCCUACACUAUUGUUUCCUUAUCUGGCUGCUUAAAAAAAAUAAUUACAAAA